AAUAUUCCAGUUAGAGAAUCGAGUGAUUUGAACCAUUUAUCUGUUGGUGUUGUGGGAAACACUGAAAACAGGUAGUUCAUUUGUGGUAAAGUUUUCAUUUUGACAGUAGCAACUCUGCCAAUGAGCGACAGCGGGAGGUUGGACCAGCAUUUGAAAUCAUCUUCUAUCUUUUUGAGCAGAGGGGUGUAGUUAAGGUUUAAAAAGUUCUGAGAGCCUAGGGGAAAUACAGAUACCUAAAUAUUUAAUGUUGCCAGUGCGAAGUGGUAGGGGACAGUCUUGAGCUGCAGAAUGGGUGGAGGACUUGGAUCGAUCAUUUCUAGGGUCUAUAAUAGUGUUCAAGUCUCCAGUAAUGACAAUGUUUGUAAAGUUGUGCAGCAAAAAGAAAAAAUUAUGGAAAAAAGAUGGGUCAUCAUUAUUAGGACAUGUUGGCAAGUGUGUAUGUUGUGUGGUUAAUCAAAACAUUAACAAUGAUAAAUCUACCUUCUGGGUCAACAAUGGAUGUGUUAUGGACCAGUGAGAUGUUUUUAUUAAUUAGAAGUGAGACACCUCGCUGCCUGCUAUUGUAUGUUGAUGAGAAUAGCCUUUUAAAUUGUUUAAAUGUGAGGUUUUGUGAUUCAGCAUUUGUUAGGUGAGUUUCCUGUAAGAAGCAUAUAUCUGCCUUUAAUUUCAUCAGGUGGUUAAUGAUCUUAAUCCUUUUGGCCUGGGACCAGAAGCCUCGCACAUUCCAUGAUACUAAUUUAAGUGACUCAAAUGUAAAGCGAGAGAUAGGUUCAUCAGUCCAGGACAAAGUGACCUUUGGAAAGAAAAGCAGAACAUUGUAUUGAAUUACAGCUAAAAGGACACAUCUGUCCUGGCAGUGUUCACCAACCUCCAUCUUCAAGAACAUGAAUCAGUCCAGAUGUCAGGCACACUCAGUUAAAUGUUAGUACUACUUGAGCACAUAUUGCUCGGGUGGCCGAAGAGGACAAAGAGGAAAGGGUCUGUUCAAGGAGCUGGAAGAUGUCUCUCUGGAUGAUACUGCCUGUUAGCCUCCCAGCCUUGACCAUCACUGGGAUAUGGGUUGUCUAUGCCAUGGCCGUGUACAACCAGCAUGUCUGCCCUAUGGAUAACUGGUUGUACAACCAGUCAUGUGAAGAGGAGCUGCAUUUGCAGAGUGGGCCCACCUUAUGCUGCACACUUGACAAUGUACCUCUUAUCAGUAAAUGUGGGAAUCUGCCUCCUGAGAGUUGCUUCCUCAGUCUUAUCUGCAACACAGGCUCGUUCAUGGUUAUAGUGAUUGUGCUGCUCCGCUAUGCCCACGUCAUUGAGAAGCACCAGAACGGUGUUCUCAACACAGCGAGUCUCUCCAUGGGCUGGAUCAGUGCUGCAGGACUCAUCAUGGUGGGCAACUUCCAGGUGAAUAAUGCCAAAGUCCUCCACUAUGUCGGAGCAGGCAUUGCCUUCCCCACCGGUAUGCUGUUUGUGUGCCUGCAGUCAGUGCUAACCUACCAACUGGCCAAGACCCAGGGGGAGUACAACGUGGCCCACCUCCGGCUCUGCAUGACCCUGCUGGCCUUCGUAGCCUUGGUGCUCAGUGGUGUGUUUUUCGGUCACGAGAGUUUUGUCCUCCAACAUACUUCAGCCAUCUUUGAAUGGGUGUUCUGCGUCAUCAUCAUGCUGUUUUACGGGACAUUUGCCUUUGAGUUUGCCAGCAUAUCAGGAGAUACCUUGGUGGUACUGGCUAUUGGAGGGACUAUGGGACCUGCUGGGAGAGAACACAAGGUGGAUGCGCUGGGAGCACACUCACAGCCACAUCCGCACCAACCCGAAAAUAUGUCCAUGCUGUAGCCUGCUCGUACUCCUCGAUGCCACACAGUUGGUUUGUUUAUUCCGUUCGAACUCCGAUUGUCAAAGGAGUUGAAUAAUUCAUUUCCAAGUCACACUCGUGUGAGACUUUCAAAUGAUCAGGCCAGUGCAGCAGCCAUUCAUGGCAAAGGGGGUGCUACUAUUUCACCCCCAGGGGUGUAGAUGUGCUGCCACUGCUGGAGAGCUCAGCUUGUAAUGUUCUUACUUCAGAGUGUUGUCUCUCUUAAGAACUUGUUGGCCUUUUGCACACUGCACAAGUUUGCCAUGAUGCUUUCAUUGUAAAGAAGCGAAGGCUGCUGGACAGCUUAGCUGGCAAUGGUGUAUGAGUGUUAUAGUGGGCGCAAGAGAAUGGAUGAAUGCAAUUAGCGAAAUAGAGUAUAUAUAAAUGUAUAAGAGUAUAUAAAUGCUUCAGUUAAUCCUGCAGACAGAACAAGGCAGCAGCCUGCUUUUUGCAAUCAUUUAAGCUUCAUAAAGUUUUUUUGAUCCUGUCAAAUUAUUGUAAUGUCGAAGAGCCCUUCAUAAACUAGAGAAUCAACGCCCCAUUAGACAUACAGUUUAGGUGCUUUUAGCUGACUGUUAUUCAGCUUGCCGACUGUACGCUAUCUUCCAGCAGAGCUAAAGAGAAGAUGGUAAGGGAAGUUGAUUAUUUGGCAGGAGUUGGUUAACCAGGGCUAACUGGAAACUCAACAUUAGACUCACAUUUUUCAUAAUAAGCAAUGUUGUUCAGUGUCUCCUGGAUGUGCAAGUAGGCACAGAUAUUACAGCCAUAACAGCCUCUUUUUUUUUUUUUAUUGUUUUUUUAUGUGGUUUAAAAAAAUGCUUAAUGCAGCUUCAGAGUAUACACCAACUGUUUUUUUUAAUCAGCAACUUUAAAUUAGGCAAAUAUAACUCUACAGAGCACACACUGCCUUUUCAUAUCUGGAUGUUUUGUUGAUAUUCUGUAUCAUUAUGUUAACUACAUACUGCACAUGCAGUAGAUCUGGUGCCUCAUGAAAUUAAACCUUUAUGAUUGAGUCUCAUUGUUAGGGUCAGUCUAGUAUAUCGACCUUUAGACCUCAAACAGUUUUUGAUUUAACAUCCUGUCUGUACAGUUCUACCAAAGAAUAUGAAAGAUAGAUGACACAGUGCCCAGAGGCCAAAUAUGUACCAGCUAAUUCAAGCCAGAGCUCUGGGUUUAUUGAGUUCUGAUGAGGCUUCGCACAUGUUUUCAGGUCCUACAGACAGAAAUUUGCAUCUUAUUAUUACCCAGCAAAACAGGAGAACAUGCUGUUAUUAUUUCACGUUCUUGCUUCUACAUUGAUCUCUCCAUAGUUAGUUUUUCAGCAUGUCCAAAGGGAGAAGGAGCUGUCCUGCCUCUGUUACUGUGCAGCAGUACGUGCCAAGUAUCAGUGUCACUGUUGCUAAAACGUGAACGGCCUUAUCCCGUCAUUCUUUCCCUGAGUUUAGCUGUGAUUAUGAUAAAACCCAAUAAAUGAAAGCAAUAAAAUGGUCAGUCUGUAGAGGAGCAGGGACAGAACAUUGCAUGAAUGCCAGAAUACCAAUUAUUUGACACUGAGAAAUGCUCCCUGCUAAACCUACUCUGACUUGAAAUGUGGCCAUAUUUUGUUCUUGGUGCAAAUGCAAAGUUGUAAAUCAACUUAACAGAGUUUUGCCAGAACUAUUGUUUAUACUUUUAAGAGAUGAUUAACAUCUCAGUGUAAUAUUAACGCUCUGAGCUCUCUGUUAGUCAGCUUUCACACAGUGGAACUAUCACUGUGUCAAACUACAACAAACCACAUGUUGUCAGAAGGGUAUUUAUUGGGGGGUGCGCCAGUAUUUUUUCAGUGCUGUGGAAAGAGUUGACCUCAGGCACAAGUUUAUAGUCGGUUUUAAAAGGACUGAAAUGUACUAAAUCUGUCUCUGCCUGAAGACUGAAUACUGCUCUGUGCAAUGAGCUGGAAGGUCGAAGCAGCACCAGCCACACACCACUGAUCACUUGCUUCGCCCUACUGGUCAAACUGCUUAUUACAGAUGCUUACGUGCUGGAAUCAGAGCUAUUGUAGACCAGCUCACAAGAGGUUUUCUACUUGGACAAUGAAACAUUUUUUGUAACCACAGAGAGGAAAGUUUAGUCAACUACAGGUUUAGCCCAAAUCCACUUUUGCUUUACUUCUAAAUUUACAAGUAAUGAAGAGCACUUCAACUCUGGCUUCAGUUCAGCAGUGAUCUUCAGAUUGUUCUCCCUGGCCUUGAAGUAAAACUUGGCCUUGUGAGCAAAUGCUGCUUUUACAAUAUGCAUGUUUUGAAAAUCACAGGUUAAAGUUUGAUGCAUUUAAAUGUUAAGCUAAAUUAUGCUGCUGCUCAUUUCAUCAUUGCACAUUUACUAAAAGUGUUCAUGGUUUAUACAUGUUAGAAAUCUUCAUAAUGCCUGUAUUCCCUGUUGGACACUACAAAAAUGGUUUAGAAUUUCUUUAGCAUUACUUCUUUGGUUUCCUUCUCAUUUCAUUUCAGAUUUUUUCUUAUUUUCUGAUUUGUCUGAUCUUUGCACUCAGGAAAAUGUAACAAUACCAGCUGUGUUGUCUGAUACAAAGCAGAAUGAGGUCUGUUUGCUUGCUGCCUUCUGUUGUCUUUAUUUUAAUAGUAUUCAUUUAUGUUUGAGGUUUCGCCAUGUAUGUUGUGUGUAGUGUAGGAGCGACUACCUUUUUACAUGAAGCCUAAAAAUAAACAUUCCUGUGUAGUUAGCUUGUCAGAAUGCUUAUGCUGCUCAGACAAACAUGGUUACACAUCUGCAGGAAAAACUAGCUUACCCCAUGCAAUCAGUAGAUCAUUGGUGAGAGCAUUCUGGCAAACAAACUCGCUGUAAAUCUGACACAAAUGUAUUACUCUAUACCCCAUUCUCAGUUCAUGUUCCCCAUGUGCCUUAUGUAUUAUUUUUUCACAAUGAAAACCAAAAACGUUUACUGCUGGGUGUAAAUUCUAUUUUGAUGGAAAGCCAUAUUAUUAUAUGUACUGUAUAUGCCUUACUGUUCAAAAAGUAAAUAUAUAUAUCUAUAAAAAAAAAAAAAACCUUUGUGCUUCAUAGUUUGCAUCCAGGUGGCAACUCAAAGGGCUGGUUUAUAAUUUUCUUUUGUUUAAUUUUUAAAAAAAUUAUUCACAUUGUCCUCUGACAAACAAAACUGAAAUCCUAGACUUGGCAGCAAAUCGGUGUGUUGACAGUUGACACCAGCACUUGGGUCCAUUAGCUUCCAACUCGGCACUGUCAUCCAGAAACCCUAGUGUUCUUUUUUAUCCCCAGCUUAACUUCCAUGUCUAAUGUCAGUUACUCAGUCCUGCAGAAAUGCAGGGUUCUGCUUCUUUGUGUUGUUCCAAUGCAAACAAAAGCAAUAAACAUGAAAAUACC